CCCUUUGCUCGCGUUCCCCUUUCCAGCUGGAAGAAAACAAGUCGUCGCCCUCUCGCUCCCCGGUGCCGGCCCCUCCGGAGGCCGGAGGAGCGGGAAAAAACGAAGCGGACCUCAGUCAGUAGCGAAAGAUCGAGCGGACCGCGUGGAGACUCGACCUGCCUGCUGCUGCCUGUGCCGGCUUUCUCUCGAGAGCGCGCGGCGCGCUUGCUGGCUCGCUCGCCUUGGGCCAGGCCAAAACCGACAUGCUGCUGCUUCCACCGCCGGUAUGAGUGCCUGUCACGCCGCUCUCUCGGCCGUGUUGCUGCUCGUGGCGGCGGUCGCCUGCGGCCGGUCGUCGUCCUCGGCCACGCCGGCGGACAACAACGAGGACGCGCCUCAGGUGCGUUCGUGCGAGGAAGUGCAGAUGCGGUGCGCGCAGCGCAAGGGCUGCGGCUCGGCGUUGCACGCCUACCUGUACCAGUGCAACGAGGUGAUCCAGGCGGGCGCCCCGCAGUGUCCCGUGCCCUGCCAACGCGCGCUGGCCGCGCUCACGUCGACGGACGAAGGCCGCGGCCUCUCCGACUGCGAGUGCGGCGAAAACGCCGUGUGCCGCAAGAGCAAGCUUCGCGUCGAAGUGUGCCGCGAGGCCGUGGAGAAACUGACUGCCCCGGGGGCGCGCAUCCCGUGCAGCGUGGCUUUCUGGAUGUGCGAGGCCGAGCCCCAGUGCGGCACGGCGCUCGCCUACUACUACCGCUACUGCCGCGGCGCGUUCCACGGCAAGCGGUGCACGCCGCGGUGCAACAACAGUCUGGCCAUCCUCAACCGUCAGCCGCGAUCGGACACGCUGCGCUCGUGCUAUUGCGACGGCUCCGAGGAGUUUCCCUGCCAGAAGAUCCGCGACAGGACAGACCAGUUGUGUUACGGCAGGCAGGAACCAUCGACGACACCCAAGCCCGGUUCUGCGGGAACCGCUGUGCUUCCGGCCGGAUGGCCCCAGCUGACACUCGCCGUCACGCUGCUUCUCGUCGCUGUCGCUGCGCGGUGCGGCCUGUGCAGUGUCUCGGACGUGACGUGACCGCCCCUGGAGAGGACCGCGUGGAAAGUAGCCGGAAAAAGUGGCGACGCUCCUCCGAUACAGACGUCGGACGGUUCUCUCUCGCGCGGACACGGUCUGCACGCAACAGCGGAACCCUUCUUCGGGGAGCUGAAACCGUGCCAAGAUAAACUGCAACGGCGCAGCUGGAAGAAGGAAGCGGCGCCUUCUGGACAUUCUCCUUGCGUCUCUACUGUCGGAGUGCGCUAUGCUUGGACCCGAGUUUGGGGAGUGGGAGAACGCGAGUGUGUGCGUGGGGUCCACUGCGUGUGGGGGGGACGACGGCGUUAACAGCGUCGGAUGAAUCGUCGUCUAAAGGUGCAACGCCGCGACGGGGCGGCCGUGCAUCGCGUACAGAAUUCCCCGGUGAGAUGGAAAAAAAAAAGGCAUUCCUAAGGCAAAAUAUCCAGGAACACUAUGAAAGAAAUAGCGCGUCGACCGCGCCAUCUGUAAGGAAAUGGAAGAAUGUAAGAAAAUUUUGCGAUGGAUGAAGGGCUCUCGACGACUGACUAGGGGGCCAGUGCUUCCUUAGUGGAGCAGUGCUCGAAGUUUAGCGACAGUCGAGUGAAUGGAUAGCGCUGGCUUGUUAUACGAAAACGUGCUUCAUGAGGAAUCACUUUCUCUCUGGCGCCGUAUGGAGUAUACAGCCACGAACAAAGCUAUAAACGGAGUAUGAUUCGCAGUCGCGGCUGUAAUUGAGCUCGUCCAAAUUAGGACAUGGCGGCACGCGCUUAUAGGCUCGUACGCGCAAUAGACGCUGCAGCGUGUGCAGAAGGUGCAGACACACGUCCAGUUUUCGUUAUGUUACCGCAUCUGCGCAGUUUCAACGCAUCAGUACGCUCCGUUUAGUUUUGUUCGAGGCUGUAUAUGCACGCUUCUCCCAGUUGUCAUUUCAUCUUAGCUUUCUUUUUAUUUAUUUAUCGCGCUUAUUUUGCUUUAACCCAAAGGUUCACAUCCAACACUUCUGCUGCGUUCUUUCUCAACAUUUAAAGGACGAACCAGGGAGUCAGGUUAGUUAACGGUAGGCUAUGUAGACGUAAACUGAGUGUACAUCAAAAGUAGUUUAGGCCUCGUUUGUAAGCGAGCCAACAAGAAUGAAAUUUAUCUGAGUCAAAGUGAUGUGCGCAUAGAUCAACGUUGUGAAUUUAUUGUCGUAGUAUAUAUAUUAGAACUUCGCUCAGGGAAGCAACCUUCAGCUUGCGCAACAAUGGCAGCAUUGCCCUAUAUUUGUGUAAAUAAUAAAGGUAUCUAUGUAGUAUAUAGUUGAUAUAGUCAUCAAGAUAGGCACCGUAUCUCUAUGGCAUAACAAUAGAAGCAGGCAUACGCGCAGUCUUUUUACGUGCGCGAAAAAUGUACUGCACAAAUCGGGACGCGUAUUUCGAUGUAUAUAAACUGACACCAUGUAUGCCAGUAAAGUUAGAGGCAUCUUCGUUGCAAGCGAAAUUGUUGGGAUGUCAAGUGUUCAAAUAAAUAAAGAUAGCGGGCUCCUGCGAGUCCUGACCUUUUUUUUAACC